AUGAUACCCUUGCUGCUGCUCCUGCCGCUAACAGUGCCAGCCCUCGCGAGCAGCGACAAAACGACUGGAGUCGCGCCGGGGCUACUGUCGAAAUAUGCCCCUCCUUCCGGAGACAAAUGGUCGUGUCUAGACGGCUCGAAACAAAUAUCAUGGAAGGCGGUCAAUGAUGACUAUUGCGACUGCAAGGACGGCAGCGAUGAACCUGGCACUAGUGCUUGCGCGAAUAGCACCUUCUAUUGCCGAAAUGACGGUCACAUUGGUUCAACUAUUCCUUCAUGGCAAGUGAACGAUGGUCUCUGCGAGGCUGCGUGCUGUGACGGCUCUGACGAGCUCCCUGGCGUAUGUCCGAACAGAUGCAAGGAGAUCGGAGAAGCGUACAGAACGAAACGCGACGCUGAACGUAAAUUGCGGAAAACCGGCGCCAAAAUACGAUCUACUUAUAUCGCCUACGCCCAUAAAGAGAAGAAACGUCUAGAGUUAUUGUUGCAAUCUAACGUCCAGGAAAUUGCCCUUCAGGAGAAGGAAGUAGAACGCCUGAGAGAUAUCGCUGAGCGGACUGAAUCUAUAUCUGCCGCGGCUCUCGAGCACAAGAAAGAGUCUCCUCUUUACCUGUCGAUUGUCAAACACUCCAACGCCCUCAAAUCUCUGCAGCGCGAACAUAAGAAACACUUGGAACGUGAGAAGGCACUGGGUGACAUUCUGGAUGCACUUCGCAAAGGAUACAACCCGAACUAUCAGGAUAUGGCCGUCCUGGAAGCCGUUCGUGGCUGGGAAUACCUUGCCGGUCUCCCUCAUAUCAAUGAUGUCGGUAAAGAGGACAGUGAAGCCGAAGGCGAUGGGGAGGUGAAAGAGGUGACGGACGAAAAUGUCGCAGAGGUGCUCGAAGAUGGGAUGUGGUCGGAGGAGGACUUGGAGAAAAACCUUGACCCACUGCUGAACACUGACUACGUCUCCCUUUUGUUAGAGCAUGACGAACAUGUUCAAACCCCUGCUUCGGAAUCAGUUUUGUUUGAUCUAGCAUCCUACAUUCCUGACUCCAUUUAUCCACAAUACGAAGAAUGGAAGGACGCAGUCAUCUCGUUGCUAGAGAAAUUGGGUAUCGUGAAACCUUCACCAGAUGCUGCUGCUGAUUCUUCGAAAGCUCGCCAGGCUUUGACGGAUGCAGAGAACAAGCUCAACGACCUCAAGCGCGACCAGGAGCGUGCAAAGGAGGACAUGGAAGACAUCUUCAAUCCCGAAGGCUUCGGUGCUGAAGGCGAGUGGAAGAAGCUUGACGGAACAUGUUUGGAGAAGGACACCGGAGAGUAUACAUACGAGGUCUGUCUCUUUGGCGAAGCGAAGCAGAAGCCCAACCACGGUGGUAGCACAUUCAGCCUAGGAAAAUUCCAAUCCUGGAAUCCUAACAGCGACGUCCCACUCGGCUCUCCAGGUUUCUACUCGAAGCAAACAUACAAGCAUGGCACCCGCUGCUGGAACGGUCCGGAACGAAACGUCAUUCUUGAGCUUUCGUGUGGGCUUGAAAAUGCUAUUCAGAGCAUCAUCGAGCUAGAGAAGUGUGAAUAUCAAUUCACUGUGACGACCCCCGCUCUCUGCCUGCCGUUGGAACCCGAGAAUGGUAAAAGCGCAGGGAGGGAAGAACUCUGA